CCGAGAAAGGCACAAUACAAUCGUUCUUCAAAACUUGGUGUGGAUACCCGUUUUUCGAUACCCAGCGAACAAUUUCGCAACUCACCUGUCUGCUGACCAUCUCGUUGUCCCUAAAGGCACACAUAGAUUGUUCCUGCCAGGUGCCAUGCAUUCCCCGGCUCCUUCCACGCCAUCCUACUCGUCCUGGAAGUCUGUCUUUCGUCUACCAAGCUCCUCCAAGAAGCAUUCAACCAACGGGAAUGUACCGGCACUUGCUGUCGAUUGCAACUCCCGUACGAUAUCUGCACCGCUGCAACCGGUUAAGAAGUCUGUUGGGCCGGUGACACCCAGCCCUUCCCUCUCACCUUGUACACUGCAGUCUGGGGACCAGCGUUCUUCCUACAAUUCGUCCUUCACACUAUCGAGUGACUCCAACACCGGAGUUGCGCCAAAACCGUUCGAUUCACGAGUGAAUUCCUGUCCAUCGCAGCAGUCUGUCCAACCAUCUGCAGCGUUGAACGGCUACGCAAAUGGCAUGGCUGCAACCGUGCAUAGUCAUGCACGCCCGCGCACGAAAUCGGAAAAGAUGCGUCUGAACCUAAGUCGCGCUCCACUACCGCCGCCGUCCAGUUUUCUCGCUCCCGCGGUCUCACAGCAAUCAUCUCCUCAGUCGGCUGGGGCAGCGCAUUCGCGUCCAGGACCACUGUCUCCAAAGGCGAUGAGUGCGUCUGCUACCCGCUUUAUCCGUCGCGUUGCUUCCGCCCCGAACGCUAAACACCUUUUUUCGUCUGGUGCGCGAUCGGGGGUACCCACCAAGAAUGGGCUCCUGGCACCGGCAGAAGUCGUUUCUCCGGCACCUGUUAAUGGACAGCGCCGGUCGUUGGAGAAAGGUGACGACUCUCUUGAAACUUCAUCGUCGGGUUCAUCCAGAACACGGCAUGAUCGAUAUCAAUUUCCCGGCAUUCCAAAGUCGAGGAUGCCAAACAAUAAUACAACUAAUAGCAAUGGCAAGGCAUCCUUCCGAAGAACGUAUUCCAGUAAUUCUAUCAAAGUGCGAUCGGUUGAAGUCGGGCCGUCCAGUUUUCUUAAAGUCAAGAUGUUAGGGAAAGGUGACGUCGGUCGUGUGUACCUCGUGCGUGAAAAGAAGUCCGAUAAACUGUACGCCAUGAAAGUUCUCUCGAAGAAGGAAAUGAUCGAGCGUAAGAAGAUCAAGCGAGCGUUGACGGAGCAAGAAAUUCUCGCCACGUCGAACCAUCCGUUCAUAGUGACACUAUACCACUCCUUUCAGUCAGAGGAAUACCUUUACUUCUGCAUGGAGUAUUGCAUGGGAGGCGAGUUUUUCCGAGCCCUUCAAACGCGGCCAGGGAAAUGCCUUUCCGAGGACGGGUCACGGUUUUAUGCGGCUGAAGUGGUGGCUGCCCUCGAGUAUUUGCACUUAAACGGUUUCAUAUACCGUGAUCUGAAACCCGAAAAUAUCCUUCUUCAUCAAUCGGGCCACAUCAUGUUGUCGGAUUUUGAUCUGGCGAAACAGUCUGGACAUCCCGGAGGACGACCUGCCACCAUUCACCAGUCGGAGCCCAACGGGAUCCCCAUAAUCGAUACGAUGUCGUGUACAGCGGAUUUUCGGACUAAUUCUUUUGUCGGCACCGAAGAGUAUAUUGCACCUGAAGUUAUCGCUGCGCAAGGUCAUACGGCUGCAGUGGACUGGUGGACGCUUGGUAUACUGAUCUACGAGAUGAUCUUUGCCACGACGCCGUUCAAGGGGAAGGAGCGGAAUGAUACUUUUAACAAUAUACGGUUAUUGCCAGUACAUUUCCGGGAUACCCCCAGGAUAUCUAGUGCAUGCAAAGAUAUCGUUAUUCGGCUGCUGGACAAGGAUGAGCGCAGUCGGUUAGGGAGCAGGAGCGGUGCAAGCGAAGUGAAACAACAUAAAUGGUUUGCAAAGAUCAGCUGGGGUCUUUUGCGUCACACGCGGCCUCCGAUCGUUCCCGCAGCGUCGAACGGUGCAGACGCGAUGAAUUUCCGGCAUCUGAAGGAGUCUAACUCGCUGCACCUUGAAAAUCAGACCGGUUUGCGGACGAGGGCAUCGCCCAGCACGGCGGGGUAUGAUGAUGGGAUGGACAUGUCUCCCGGCAGAGAUCUGUUUGGUGCAUUCAACAGUGUUACGAUCCACUAUGAUGGGGAAAGUUGAAGAGUCGUGGGCCAUUGUUCUAGGUCCUCGGUAUCUCUUUGUGGUGGAGACCAUCAAGGACUGAUACAGAUGGGCGGUGGUUUUCUUCCCUACCUUUUGGACGGGGCUGUAUCGGCCGGUUUGUCUGUUUCUGGUUGAUAAUGCGCCAUUUUUGAUUCCUUUUUUUUUCUUUUCUUUUUCCGCUGGAGAUAACGACGGUUCAACUGUAUAAUUUGGCAUUGCACGCACAUAUCGCACAAUAUCUUUCGCUGCUAGCACUUUUUUUUUUCAUUUCGGUUUCAUUAUUGGAUGGAUAUACUCUACGACACGAUGCUCAUAUAGAUGACGACGGGUUUAAUUGAAACGACGGUGGACAUACAGGGGUGAUGAGAGGGAGAAUACAUGUUCCUUGCUCGCCGCGGACAAGGUUUCGGCCGGCCCGCGAGAUUGUUGAAGGCUAAGUGGUGGCAGCGGAAGGAG